CAGGAAUAGAAGCCGUCUACAGCGACUCAGCGAGAGCCAGGCAAACUGACUUCUAAGUUCGGACUUGCUCACUUGCGACGCGAACGGGAAAAGCAGGAACGCCGUGUCGCCGUGUGGCGUGAGUGCUCUUACAGCCAGCGCCGGCCGCCUAUGCGCCUCUUAAAACCGCUUACUGAUUCGGCGUCUCCGCCGCCUGUGGCCUUUCCGGUUGUCCUCUUCAAAUCUCCAAUACAUAUUUCGGCAAUCCGGCUUAAUUGCUUCAAAAAAAGAGCUCGCUGAUAUCUGCUCGGCUUCAAUCUGCAUAACCACUCAAAAGAAGAUACAUAUGAUUCACAUUACUGAAACUGGAAAAUCAUGAAGAGCACAAGGUUUCCAGUACGCUAUCAGAUUGUUUUGUUGACCUUCAUUUGUACAUCUGUCUGCUAUAUAGAGCGUGUUGGUUUUUCCAUUGCCUACACUGUUGCUGCUGAUGCUGCUGGUGUGAAUCAGGCUAGCAAAGGCAUGAUUCUGUCAUCAUUUUACUAUGGGUAUGCCUGCUCACAGGUCCCAGGUGGUUGGGCAGCCCAAAGAAUUGGGGGCAGGCGUGUUCUUCUCCUUUCAUUUGUCUUAUGGUCCCUAACAUGUGCAUUGGUACCCCUUGAUCCAAACAGAGAAGUGGUUUUAGUGAUUGCCCGCUUGCUUGUCGGUGUGGCCCAAGGCUUCAUAUUUCCUUCCAUUCACACUGUCUUAGCACAAUGGGUACCCCCACAUGAAAGAUCACGAUCUGUUUCUCUUACAACUUCUGGAAUGUAUCUAGGUGCAGCCAUGGGCAUGCUCAUCCUUCCUACCCUUGUAAAGUUCAGAGGUCCGCAAUCUGUGUUUUUAGCUGAAGCUGCUUUAGGUGGAAUGUGGUCCCUAUUAUGGUUAAGGUUUUCUAGUGACCCGCCACAUUCCGCUCAUCCAAAAGCAACUGCUGCCGGCUAUGGGGAAACCUUGCUUCCACUCAAAGGAAGUGUGAAGAUGAAAGUAGAGCAUGGAGGGAAUCCUAACAGAAGUCCCAAAAUUCCAUGGAAGCAAAUCGUACUUAGCUUACCAGUUUGGGCAAUUGUUGUGAACAAUUUCACUUUUCAUUACGCUCUCUAUGUGCUCAUGAACUGGCUCCCUACAUAUUUUGAGUUAGGCCUCCAAAUCAGCCUUCAAGAUAUGGGAUCUUCUAAGAUGAUGCCUUACUUCAACAUGUUCGUGUUUUCAAAUAUCGGCGGGGUGGCUGCUGACCACUUUAUCACAAAAAGAAUCUUUUCUAUUACCAAAACGAGAAAACUUUUGAACACUCUCGGUUUUGUUGUGGCUUCAUUCGCACUGAUGGCUCUUCCUCUGUUCGAAACACCCAGUGGGGCAUUGUUUUGUUCUUCAGUGGCUCUUGGUUUCUUGGCUUUGGGAAGAGCAGGGUUUGCCAUUAAUCACAUGGAUAUUGCUCCCAGGUAUGCUGGAAUUCUAAUGGGUGUUUCUAAUACAGCCGGAACAUUAGCUGGAAUUGUUGGAGUAGAUCUUACUGGACGGCUGCUAGAAUCUGCUAAGCGUUCUAGACUGGAUCUUACAAGCGCAGAAAGCUGGAUGGCUGUUUUUACCAUUCCAGGGUUUCUUUGUAUUUUCAGCUCUUUUAUUUUUCUAUUAUUCUCUACUGGAGAGCGAGUUUUUGACUGAGGAGCUCCUUCUGCCAUGCAUGCAUGUUUUCCUCAGUGGAGGUGCGUUUUGUUCCUUGACUUUCGUUUACAGCCUAAUACUGAGGAGCUCAUUGGCCUCGAAUAUCAACUCGUAUGGAUAGAUUAUAUUGUAUCACUGAAUUGUACACACACAAAAAGAGAGGUAGGGGAAAGAGGGAAAGAUCAAGUCCGGUGUGCUCCCGCCAGGCCAGUUCUAUUUUGGCCAAAAAGUAUUCCAACAGUCCAGAAUUUUUUGUUCAUUAUUCAACCGUUCGAUCAUAUCAACCAUUCAAUUUUAGUGAGGGAAACUUUAUUUUAAUUAUAGAGUAAAGGGUCAGUUUGGUCCUCGAAGUUGCAAAAAAGGCGUCAAAUAAGUCCUUAUAUAGAAGAUUCUGUCCAGACGUGCCAUUUGAGGUGGCUCCCGGUUAAAUUUUAUGAUAAUUUUUUUUGAGCAUCUUAUUCAUUAAGUCUAAU